GCGGCGGCGGCGCGGGCCCGGCGGAGGCAGGGAACAGACGACGGGCAGCGCGUCUCCCCGCCAGCGGCUGGGUGUGGGGCUGAGUGGCCCGCCCGGCCCAGCAGCAGCAGCAGCGGCGGGAUCCCUCCGCGCCGGGUGACCCCUGGGCUCGGCGGGGAGCCGGACAGAGCCGCGCCGCCCGCCCGCGUGAAUGAGAGUGUGCACCGAGUGCCGGGCAGGGGACUCCAACCGUCAUGUUAAGGUAAAGCAGAAAAGUGCAGUGCUGAACAUGCUAAAGAGGUUAGACAAAAUAAGGUUCAGAGGUCACAAGAGAGAUGAGUUCCUUGAUUUAGCAGAGUCUCCAAAUGCUUCAGAUACUGAAUGUGGAGAUGAAAUCCCAGUGAAAAUACCUCGAACGUCACUCAGAGAGAAUGACGAACUGAGAGACCCUGCUGGUCCAGGGGCCAUCAACAUGGCAUCAGGAGUCCAGGAUUUUAACAGAACAGAGUCUGAUAGAUUAAAUGAGAUCAAAGGUCACCUGGAAAUCGCCUUACUGGAAAAACACUUUUUACAGGAAGAGCUCAGGAAGCUCAGAGAAGAAACAAACGCUGAAACCUUAAAACAAGAACUAGAAAAAGAACGGCAGAGGAGAUUGGAACUAGAACAAAAGGUCAAUGAAAUACUUAAAACAAGAACAGAAGAGCUGCCUACAACACAGCAACCCGCAAAACCACCGACACAAGUCAAUGGAACAGAUAAACGCAGUCAGAUGAUGUGUUCGAGAGUCCAGAAGUGGUUUUAUGACAAAUUUGGGGAGUAUGUUGAAGACUUCAGAUUUCAGCCAGAGGAAAACACAGUGGAAACUGAAGAGCCACUUAGCGCUAGAAGGUUAACUGAAAAUAUGAGAAGAUUAAAGAGAGGUGCCAAACCUGUUACUAAUUUUGUGAAGAAUCUUUCUGCCUUAUCAGAUUGGUAUUCUAUCUACACUUCUGCUAUUGCCUUUAUUAUUUACAUGAAUGCUGUAUGGCAUGGCUGGGCCAUUCCUAUGUUCUUAUUUUUAGCAAUUUUGAGGUUAUCCCUAAAUUACCUCAUAGCCAGGGGUUGGAGAAUACAGUGGAGCAUUGUGCCUGAAGUUUCUGAGCCCAUUGAACCUCCAAAGGAAGACCUGACAGUGUCAGAAAAGUUUCAGCUUGUUCUAGAUGUGGCACAAAAAGCACAGAACCUAUUUGGCAAAAUGGCAGACAUAUUGGAAAAAAUCAAGAACUUGUUCAUGUGGGUCCAACCAGAAAUAACACAGAAGCUAUAUAUUGUUCUAUGGGCAGCUUUUAUUGCAUCCUGCUUCUUUCCCUACAGGAUUAUAGGGCUUGCAAUGGGACUUUAUGCUGGAAUUAAGUUUUUCCUUAUUGAUUUUAUCUUCAAACGAUGCCCAAGACUUCGAGCUAAGUAUGAUACUCCUUAUAUCAUCUGGACAAAUUUGCCUACAGAUCCUCAACUCAAAGAAAGGUCUAAUGCUACAGUGUCAAGACGGGUUCAAACAGCAUCAUCAAGAAGUUAUGUGGGUUCAGGUGCCCCAACUGGAGUAAACAAAGAUGAAGACAGUAGUCGUUUUCAUACCACCAAAAGAGGCAAUUUCCAUGAAGUCUUUAACCUAUCAGAAAAUGAGCGUCCUUUGGCAGUAUGUGAAAAUGGUUGGCGCUGCUGCUUGAUUAACAGAGACAAGAAGAUGCCCACAGACUACAUUAGGAAUGGGGUUCUUUAUGUUACAGAAAAUUACUUAUGCUUUGAAAGCUCCAAAUCUGGCUCUUCUAAGAGAAAUAAAGUUAUUAAACUAACGGAGAUAACAGAUAUUCAGAAGUACAAAGUGCUCUCUGUUCUCCCAGGGUCAGGGAUGGGUAUUUCAGUAUCAACACCAUCUACACAAAAACCACUAGUGUUUGGUGCCAUGGUACACAGAGAUGAAGCUUUUGAGACAAUUUUCAACCAGUAUGUGAAAAUAACCUCUGCAGCAUCGAACAGCGAAAGCUAGUAUCUUAUCUUCAGAAGAUCUAGAGGAGACUUUAUUUUACAACUUGGUAGUGAAAAAUUGAACAUCCUCAUCUAUUUUGCAAUAAUUUUUCUUGUCAUAUGGUUUAUAUUCUAUCUGUUACAUGAAUCAAGUGUAUUUUAUAUAUGCCUUCAUGUUUGUUUUUAAGGUUUUUUUAAAAAAACAGUGAAAGUGCUAUCAUCACUAUUAGCCUUGCACAUUAAGCACUUUCACUGUUUAUUUACUGACAUUAAAAGCUAGGAAGAUACUUGGAGAACUGACUAGAUAUCAGACAGACGGGAACAGAUUCAUCCCUUGGGUAUCUCCAUUGAUAUCAGGGAUUAAUUUUGCCCACUAUCUGUUGUUUUUGCAUGAGUUGAAACACAUUACAAUAAUCUGGUGUGUGUUUCUUGAGUACAACAAGCACUGAAUUGGGUACUUUAUGAAACCAGUAUCAACACCUAGGAAAUAUCACUAUUAGCUGGUAAGAAUAUUGAUAUUAAGGCAAUUUUUCUUGCUGAUUUCUGUACUCUAAAAGGAUUUAUUUUUGAACAGUUUGACCUGAUUCAAUUUUUCCUGCAUACAUAGUUUCAAAUUCCUUGUACAGUGAAUUCAGCAUUACAAAGCAGAAGGAAAUGUUUGGAACGCUAUCUUCCUUUUCUGAUCAACCAAAGUACAAGAGGAAGAAAAGAACUAUCUGUUUUUUGAGGGCAGCAAAACUUUGUUCAUAAAAUGUUAGGCAACUUAUAUUUGUAUUCCUAUUGAUAUUUGUCAUGGAAGGGCUCAAUAAUUGUACUUGUACAUAUAAUGUAGCAAGAUGCACGUACAUUCAUGCAAAAAGACUUACUGGGCAUCUUUUUGUGAUGCGGGGGGAGUUGGGAAUAAUUACGCCCAAGCAAAACUUGAGAUCAGCUUCGUAUGUUAUCUAUUCAUUUAUAUUUGAGAUUGUGGGGGCAGGGAGGGUUUGUGAGAGUCCCUUGUAACAGAAAUGUCAGGAUAGUGUAGCAAGUGAAAGCAUUAUUUCCAGAAGAAAUUAUUCUAUUUUGAUCUCCCCUUUCUUUAUUCAAUUUUUCCAACAAUAGAACCUGACUUUGCCAAAUGGAGCAGUGACACUGGGCCCACCUUCUCCAUAGUUUUUUCUCUAUUGACGGGCAAUGCAUAUAAUAACAUUAGUCUUACUUGAAAUUUUGAAAGUUUGCAUAAGCCAUGUACUAUUAAGCCCAUCUGAGAGUUUAGGAUUUCAUCUGCAUUCUCCUAAAGGCACAGCAGAAUGUAUACAAGCCCCCCAGUAUAUUUUCUCCCUACUGCAUCUUUUGAGUUUAGUAGUAUUUUUCUUCCCAUAAAACCGAUGAAGAAGAUAAUUCUGUUAGCCUAUCUAAAAAAUGUUGACUUUAAAGUCAAUACACUUCUUAGUUUCUAGUUAAACAAGUUAGAUCUUUAAACAAACUCCAGGGUUACAUUCAGUUAAGUAUAACAACAAUACAAAGAUCCAGGGGAAAAUGGCACUCUGAAACUGUUGAAACCUAUUUCAAAGUGGCAGUGAAGAUAAUUAAUUUUAAUAUUAAUAUGAAUAUUUAAUGACAGUAUUUCUCCAUGUUGUAUUUAAAGUUCAUGUGCAUUGGGACUCACAAUUGAAUAUUUAAGGCACAACGUUGUUCAUGCUAAAGCUCUGUGCUGUAGACAUAAGUAUAUAAAUAUGUAGCACAAUCUAUCUUAAAGAAUUUAAAAUUAAUAUCCAUGCACUGAGUUCAGGAAAUCACUUAAUCGUGUAUUCAAAUGUCCUGAAUAGUUAUGGACUUUAGGACAUGCUUAAAUACAGUACAAAGGGGGAUGUUUUCCUGAACCAGGCCUUGAAAGUUUACAAUAUAAUUUUAAAUUGGUAGGAGAUCCAAUUACCCACUAUAUAACAAGGAUGUUAACCAAAUACCAUUUUGAAGCUACUUUCAUUUGGCAAAUAGAUAUUCAUUUGGCAUAUACAGGAUUAUAUUUAAGUAAAAAUAUUACUUUUAAUUUUGCAAAUUUUUAUUUAAAAAAGCAGUUUGAUUUAAAGAGAAGAAAUUGUCAUUUAUCCAACAGCAAUUUAUUAUAUAGUUAAACUUUUAUAAAGCCUCCUUUAAGAAUCAAAGUGGCAGAUGAAUUACAGUAAGUGGCGAAUAAAUAAGCAUUUAUAUAGCGUAAUGUUAUGUACAACUUAGUCAUAUUCAUAGUUCAUUCAGUUUGUCUUAAAAUCCCUUGGGUGUUUGUGAGGUUGUCAUUUUUUGAAGAAACAGAAGAUUAUAUUUUUACUGAGCAAGUGGUUUUUCUUAUUUUUGUAUCAUUUUCAAAUGUAAUUUUUACCUUCACUCUGGUCAUAAGGCACUGGUUUCAGUUUAAUUGCCGGUAACUGCACUUAUUACCUCCUCCCCUCACUGACUGACUGACUAGUAUGUAAUAUUGUCCUAUAUUCUGGGUCCUGAAAGACUAAAAUAUUGUUCAGUUGAUGAUGCCAGGACAGUUAACAAGACUCAUUUUUAAAGUAGUAGUAAAUCAUUUGCCAUCUUCCCAGACUUAGAAUCCUCCUUCAGAAAAUAUACUCUUUUAAAACUUUAGUUUGGUCAACAAAGAUAACCGUCCUACUAACGCUAAUUUGUCAUUCAAAAUUAAUCUGCACUUUAACAAUAUGUAUUUAAAAAAAACAUUGUUAAAGCAGUAAACUUAUUGCAAACUACAAUGCAACAUUGGUUCAUUCUGAUAAAAAUAAAAUGAACUGGAUUUUUUAAAGAGUAAAAUGUGUAAUAUAACUGAUUAAACAUUCAUGUAUAUAUUUUCAAAGUUCACUUUACAUUAGGUUACUAGAAUUACUGCAAAUUAACUGCUCUCGUGUUACAUAAUUAAAGGCACUAAACAAUAACUUCAGUGCGCUUACUUGUGAGUAUUGCUACACUUUUGUUUCUCCCGAGUCCUGAAAUGCUGGGAGGCAGUGGGCAAUUACAUAAUUUACUUGUGUAAUUACACUGAAGUUAAUAAUUUAAAAUUUACCUUCCUACAUACAAUUUGCAGUAUAGCCGCCUUUUUGAUUCAAGGUUGAGUGGUGCCACUUAAUGUAAAGUGUUACUUUUUGACAGCAAAAAGUGAUGUUUUUGCCAUACUAUUGUUCAUUUGCUGUCAUUUGUUGUAAUUCUGUUGAUGUAUAUGGUUUAUUGUUGGAUCAUUCACAUUUAAUUGGUUUAACUUCUUUCCUAGAAGUGUAGUGGUUAGUUUGAGUUCCUUUCAAGAAAAAAAAGGGAGAUGAAAACUUAUCACAUUUAUUAUUCAUCAGUGACCAUUUAAAUACAAAUUCCUGAUGAAAAGCUCAGAUACAACAUCAUGUUUUUCUGUACUUAGUCAUUCUUGUGAGGUCAGAUUGAAUAUAAAUGAGCUACUUAUAAGUGGCAACAUUGCACAAAAAAGCCAGCAGCAAAACCUUAUUACUGUCCAUGCAGACCAAGAGAGAAGAUAUUUUACGCGAGAGUGAAGAGGUGAAUGUGUGUACAUUUUUUUUUUUUUUUGGCAACUUAAACUCCUACAAAGAAAACUGGUAGUUUUUAUUGAAUUCUGUAAAUUUUGGCAGAUAUUUAAUUUCUGUUACUAAUCAUUGAAAUAGAAUGGAUGUUAAAAUAGUUUUUAUGUCUGAAGUUUGUCUAUUUUGAAGUUGUAAAUAAUUAUGCAUUGGCAGUGUAACUUUUGUUCAACAAAAGACUUAUACUGUAUGAAGAGUUGAAAUAAUGAAACAAUUUGCCCUGUACAUUUUUUAAGAAUCUUGUUUGUUUAAAAAAAGUAUUGUAUAAAUUAUAAUUUUUAUUUAAAUAAACCUAAAAAUGCUUUGUGCUAACAGGUAUGUUUUUAACAACUUUUCAUCCUUCAGUGCAAGCAUAGUCUUUCUUGAUUUCCACAGACUGAGGUUAGUGUAAAAAUUUUUUUUGGUAUGUUUUUAUAACCCCAUCAAGAAGAUCAAAUAGGUAACAGGUUUUUAUAAGUAGCAAUAUUAUAAAAAUUCAAGCAACAGCUCAUAUCUACAAACCGUUCUUGAAUUUGUUCAUAUAGCUUUUUUGAUAUUAAGAAAAAGAUAACAUUUUUCUGUCUUCAUGCUGUUCAGAUUUUUUUAUACAUAUUCUUUUUGCAGUGGUGGCCCUUAACAUUUUCUGGUUUUAUCUAAGAUAAAUAAAUAUGCUUACCUGAGAAUAUGAUGUAUUCCCUUCUACAUGCCUGUAUUUACUGUAAGAAACACCAUGAAUGUUACAUAUACAAUUGGCAAGAGUUCACAGCCCACCCACUGUAACUAUCUAUUAGUAUGCAUGUUUGGUUUUUAAAAAGUAUGCUCAUUCAGAAUGUUUUAUAAAACAAAUAGGCAUUUUUUAAUAACUUUGCUAAACAUUUGACGUGUCUACAUUAUAUUGCAUUUAACACGAAUGAAUGUGGAUGAGGAAAAAAUAUUACCCAUACAUAAUACAAAUUUCCCUAGUUUCUGGA